UCCAAGACAAGAAGAAGAAGAAGAACCUGCUAGCCGUUGGAGGUGAAGUCGUUGCGGAAAGACAUGCUGGAGUUAGAUUAACGUGCGUGUUAGUGGCGGUUAAACAACUUUAUCCUGUAAAAUUUUUAUUCCCGUCACUUCGCUACGACCACAGGCUUCCGAUCGAGACUGCCGGAGUUGGGUUUUCUCGAAGCGGAGCUACGAACAUCAACAGAGGAAGCAGCUAAGGAGCGAUGUCGUACUACUCGUCGUCCCGGAGCUCGUCUCGGGCCACCGACUGUAAAGUUUACGUCGGUGACCUUGGUAACGGCGCCGCCAAAGGGGAGCUGGAGCGGGCCUUCAGUUACUACGGGCCCCUGAGGACCGUGUGGGUGGCCAGGAACCCGCCCGGCUUUGCCUUCGUGGAGUUUGAGGAUCCCCGAGACGCAGAGGACGCGGUCAAAGGCAUGGACGGGAAGAUCCUUUGCGGCUCCCGUGUUCGUGUGGAGAUGUCCACCGGCCUGUCCAGGAAGGGCCGCGGGCGCCCCAGCCGCCGCCAGUUUGACCCCAACGACCGCUGCUACCAGUGCGGGGACCGGGGCCAUUACGCCUACGACUGCUACCGCUACAGCAAGAGAGGCCGGCGCAGCAGCAGGUCCCGGUCCAGAUCCCGGUCCCGCUCACGGUCCAGGUCCCGCGGACGGCGCUACCGCUCUCACUCCCGCAGCCGUAGCCGCAGCUACAGCCGGAGCCGCCGCAGAUCACCGUCAUACUCCAGACGCAGAAGCAGGUCUGGCUCCCCGGCCCGGUCCAAGUCCAGGACUCCAGUGAGAAGCCGCUCCAGGUCCCGCUCUCGGUCCGGUUCUGCCCCCAGGGGGCGCUCUGCAUCUCGCUCCCGCUCUCGAUCGCCGUCGGCCAACCACAAACGGGCCAGUCGCUCCCGCUCAGCGAGUCCGGCCCGGAGCCCCACACCUGCAGAAGACUGAGCGACCAAGACUCACAGCCAGCAGCAGCUGUUUUCCUUUGGUUCUGGUAUCGGUCCGUGUCGUCUCUCUCAUUAUUUCCAGAUCUAUUUUGGGGUUUUUUUUACCGCCAGGACUGCCGUCUCCACAGCUCCACAUGGCCCAGGUUGUAUAAAUAGGAGUAGUUUUAACUGUUGCUGCUGUGUAAGCGAUCUGUAUUUUGAAAAGCGUAGCAGAGACGGGAUGCGACACCUCGUUUGACUUUUAGCUGUAAAACUCAGAUCUUCCAGCAGCAAAUGGCAGGAAUGGGCUGAGCAGAUGAAAUGAGCUGAAGUAUUAAAACAUCCUGAGUUUUUCUGUUGGUCUCCUCUUCACAGGGACACUUGUUGCUCUGCAUGCCUUUAGAUCUAAAGUCACGUUGUUUUCCUGCUUCCCCUUCAUGAAGCUACCUGAAUAAUGUGAUUCCCUCUGAGUUUGAUACAUUGCUCUGACCCGAUUUUAAAACACAAGCGAGGCUCAUGUUGGGGCAGCUGUUUGCUUUUCUUUCUGUUCUCAGCUUUAGAAGUGAAAGUGUGGCGGUUUUAUUUUGGAAUAAACCUCUUCAACACAU